AUGUUCCAAUCGUUGAAUAGUAAAGUUGUGCUUAUUACUGGUGCUUCCAGUGGAAUUGGAGAAGCUACAGCAAGGCUCUUUGCAGAAGUCACCAAGGGUCAAAUUACUUUAGUUCUUUUAGCCAGAAGAAAAGAGAAGCUCAAAGAGGUUUGUGACGCUAUUCAACAAGAUUAUCCAACUGCAAAAGCACUAUUUUUUUCAGUUGAUCUCUCAAAGAUUGAUGAUAUUGUAUCAUUCACUUCCAAUAACCAUGAAUUGAUUGAUAAAGUUGACAUUUUGGUUAACAAUGCAGGAUUUGCCCAUGGUCUAAACAACAUUGGUGAUAUACCUCACACAGAUGUUGCUAAUAUGAUUAACACAAAUCUAACAGGAUUGAUCACAAUGACCCAAAUUGUUGUGAAAUCCUUCAAGAAAAGAAACAGUGGUGAUGUUGUUAACAUUGGAUCCAUAAGUGGUAGAGACCCUUAUAUUGGUGGUUCAAUUUAUUGUCUAACAAAGACAGCAAUCUCAUCAUUUUCCGAUGUCUUGAGGAAAGAGUAUAAGGACACUGAUAUUAGAGUCAUUGAAAUUCUACCAGGUCUUGUGAAAACUGAAUUUGCUUCGGUUAGACAUGAUGGUGAUGAUUCCAAAGCUGAUAAAGUGUAUGAAAUCUAUGAGCCUUUGAGUGCCAAAGAUAUAGCUGAAGGAAUCAUUUGGAGCACUUCUCGGCCACCAAACGUACAAAUUGCUGACAUGAUGAUUCUACCUACUCAUCAAGCUUCAAUGAGAGAUCCAGACAUGUUGAGAUAA